AGGGUUAUCAGUAUUUGCCGGUGCUGAGACAUUCGCGAUAUUUACUGGGUGUGAAUUCCUCCGCGCUCGCGAUUACGGAGAAUUCGGGGAAGUCAAGCUUUUAUAAAUUUGGGAUAUUGCAAGUUUUAAAAUGUAGGAACUCAAGUCGGAAAUCUGUGUAUUUGGAAGUCGAUAUUUAUUGAAACUCCUGAUUAAUACAAUGUCAGUAUCAACAUUCGAUCGUUUGAGGUGUUGUCGUUACAGGUGUUAACAAAAUUACGGAUCAUGUAUUUGGGUAUCAUUAAUCCCAGGUUGCUCACCGCUUUGUAGUCCCGGGUGUAUCGAAUAUCUUACCGGUUGGACACCGAUACGGUAUCGAACUCGGGCCUCCUUCAUUUUUGAUUUUAUUGUCCCGAUUAGAAAGUGAUCGGUCAAUCGAGGAAAAUUGAUGGCAAUAAUCGCGGUUAAUUAUUUCUCAGAGGUCAUGCGCAAGUGUUCACCUGCCUUCGGGAUCCAGACUGCGCACGACGCUCCCAGUCGCCAUAUUUUAUGGCCGAACCGCGAAUACGAUUGUUUGUGAUGCAAUUUGAAUAAACUUAAUCGAUCCUUACAAGUAGAUCACGAAGAAUCGUGACGGAGGGUUUACCUUCACCGGAGCAUAGGAACGCAGCCUACGCUCUCGAUGCAGCACGAAACGAUUUAAAUCAAUUUCUUUCUCUUAUUCAAACCACCACGCAGAUAUCUGUAGAUCAUGCAGUAUAGCGUUACAUUCGUGGAGUCGGCGUCGAUUACGCUGCGUUUGCCAAACGGUCGAUAACGGCAUGGUAGGAAACGCGACGUGGCCGCGGUAUGCCCGCGUUCAUUCCUGCUGAACAUGUCUACGAUCACAUAGCAACGCUCCCAGGGCUGGACUAACUGUUAGGCUGAACGAACACGUGCUUACCACGCUGAAGAAAAGGGCGCUGUGGAACCCUUCCUUUGUUGCAUUCCUCCUGAACCACAUUUUUGAAAGAUUCAAAAUUCCACCCUUUUGUAAUUCAGAAAUUUGUGGUUCAGGAUUACGAAGUUCCAAAGUUUCAAAGUUGUAAAGUUAGGAGAUCUAAAAGUUUGGAUAUUUUGAAGGGUCAAGGUACUGAAAUUGUAUAAUGCAAAAGUUGCAUAACCUUGAAGUUCUGAAUUUUGGACCUUCUGUAGGGUUCAACUUCUGAAAUUCCAAAGACUAAGACUUGCAAAACUCAUAGAGUCCUUGAUGAUUUCAGAGUCCUGAAAUUUUACUAGAAUUUGAUACAUGCGAGGAGAGCCAAAAUGUUUGGGGCGUUGAAGGACCUUGGUUCGUCCCUGAAGGCGCCACGUUCGACGUAUUCGCGAACCUCGUAUGUCCGGCAGCGUGAAAACUGCGAAUUCCGCGCAGCCAUCACGCGUUUCGUUGUCGCGGCAACUGAACCUUGCGCCGAUUUUCAAACGUGUAGAAACGCUUGGGUCUGAAAGCACGCGCAAAGCGUGAAGCCGCGCGAUUUAAUUUGCAUUAUUUCACCGAUCGUUCUAUUUAUAGCGGGCGAGCCGCGCGUUCGUCCGCGCGCGGUUAUCGGGAUACCUCCUACAACCGGUUUCAGCCGAUCACCGGUUUCUCGACGACGUUAUUAUAAAUCGGGUGCCGUCGACGCGCGCUUGUAUCACCGUAUUGGAAACGCGGCGACGACCGGCCGUCCAACGACUACGUUUCGCCACACGUACACACACGGGCACAUGGACGGGCAAGAGGAAAGGAGGCGAUCCGCCGCGCCGCGUGUUCGCGCGCGGGUUCCGUCGUCUUUCAGCUCUCUUGCCGUGUAGAUUUGGCAACGCUGUGGCAUAGCAGCGGCAUAGAUUCCGCUCCGCAACCGCAACCGCACGCCAGCCUACCGCCAUGAUGCCAAACCAAGCUGGCCGUACAACGGUUUCUCCGCAGUGACGCGCAAGCCGCCGGGGACGGCGUAGCACGAUCGAAUCGCUUGCGAGCAAAACGUUCCGUCCAGUAUCGAACUCUUUUUUUCACCGUCCUCGGCCUUACAUCUCGACGGAUAUUUUCGCCUUCCACGGAUGUCGUUGCGAGAACGUUGGCUGACUCUCGUUGCGGUUCCCUGCACGCUCAGAUUAAUCCGAAUCGAUAUUCCGGUAUCUCGACGGUUGAGAAACAAUCGGCUCUUUGACCGAGCCAAAGCUAUCCCCUAGGCUUCUCGGAUUUUGAACGCUCCCGAUUGUUUCCUCUUCGUCACGUGUUUUAUACGCACGUAUAUUGUGAUCGGCAAGGGAGGGAACUUCGAGGGGUUGCAACAUGUUCGAUACCGAAAAGUUUAUCGAAGAAAUCGAGAAACGACCGGCGAUUUACGAUGUGAAUCGCAGCGAGUACAACGACCGUAACGCCAAGAUGACCGCGUGGGACGAGGUCUGCCAGGUGAUGGUACCGAAUUGGGCGCGCUUGACGGACGAGGAGAGAAACGUAGAAGAGAAAAAUUUGCGGGGAAAAUGGAGAAAUAUCCGAGAUUAUUUCAUGAAAGAGCUAAAGCUUCAAAAGUCGCAGAAGUUAGGACCAGCUGGUCGGAAGCGAAAGAAAUACAUGUAUUUUGAUCAGCUGUUGUUCUUGAUGCCCACGGUGGAGAAUAAACGAAACGUAGGAGCAACGUUAAAUAAUUGCAAAUCGGAAGAAAGCGAGGGUGAAGUUGACAAUCCCGUGAUCGAGGAAUACGACGUACCAUUGGCACACGCCGCUCCCUCCAUAACGACAGGCAGGGAAUAUCUUCAACCGGGUGCCUCCUAUAAAAUGUACCCCCGUUAUCCGAAGCAGCUUUGCGAGACGUCGUUCACGUCGUUCGAUAAUGAAAUUCACGAUAUCCUGUCGUCGCACAGCAGUCAACGAGUUACUUACGACGAGGACGACUACGACAAAAUGUUUCUGCUCUCCCUGUUACCGAUCAUACGACAAGUACCGGAAGAGAAGAAGCUGGACGUCAGGAUACAGAUGCAACAAGUCUUGGCGAUGGCCAUUCGACCGGCGGACAGCAAGCAAUGAUUUCGUGUUUCGUCGAUCAACGGUGAAAACUCGAACGUUAUCGAAGAAUUGAUAUGGCCGGUGUCUCAUAUAUUUUUGUUUCUCGACGGUGUACAGUUAACCGCACUUCGGCCGAGUUAAUCUUAAGAAUUGCUAAUAAUACCGUGGAUUACGUUUGCGUCAUAAACGUGAUAAUAUUUCGGAACAGAGAUAGCCUUCCACGAUUGACAUACGUUGAUGGCCAUAGACGCCAGUUUAGCUUCAUCAGGAUACAAUGACUUAGGAUACAAUGGCUGGAAACAGUAGAUUGUUCUGAUAUGUUACUAUUAGGUAUUUCUAAAUAAUGGCAAUUAUUGUAACAAAUUUUUAUUUUGUGUAGUGAGUCAUGUUACCUUAUCUGCAAAUUCAGUCUUGACUCACCUCACAAAAUGGUGUAGUGCAAUUUUCGUUAUCUAAAUUAAUUUAUCUGAUAGUGCAUUCAGAUAUUUAUUCAUAGGUCAACAUUCUUGAAUUUUUGUUAAUAGGAACAUAAUCACUUGUACACACAAAAAUUAGAGUUGUCUUAUUUUUUUUUAAUGUAAACUUUUAUUUAAAAGUUAGACUGUUUUAAGAGAUGGUCGUGGUAGAUUUUACUGUGGCAAUCAACGUAUUAACAAAUUGCAACUUUGAGUACCUAUACCUGUGAUAUUGCGCGAGGAUACUACUUUCAAUGAAUGCAGAAACAGAAAUAGAGUUUUUAACAAGAUUACUGUGUUAAUAGGAAGUGUGAUCAAUUCACACAGAUAGGGUAACAUAUGUAUUUUCAUAACUUGAAACAUAGGACUGAUAUUUUAUCGAUAUUCAUCCAGGAGCGUGAAUUUGCAACGAAUUAUACGUAUUUAUUCGUUACUUUUGGUCGAUACAAGAUUCGUUCGUGUUUAGGGAAUCGUGGGCAGGUGGCAGCACUGGUACCUUGCUUUCGAACUUUCCGCCGUAUCACGUAAGAUAAUGUACUUAAUUUAAAAAUUUAAGGCGAAAAUCACGUUCCGAUUCAACCUACUUAACUUUACACUUAAAUACUUUACUUAUAAUACUUGUUAAACGCGAAUUAUGUAUAUUUAAUCAUUUUGUACUCAUGGAUUGUUUAUCUGUUCAAAAUAAAGUUAUUAGUAAACACCUUGA